GCGCGGCGCCGGCCAGUCUCGCUCCCGCUCGGCCCGUGGCGGCCGGGCCGCUGGUCCUCUCGGCCGCUCCGGAGCUCAGUGAGCGUGGUAGGAGGUCACACACCAGGCCAGUGACUGAUCCUGGACGUCCGUGUGCCGCAGGGGCUCUCAGGAGGAAUGGCGACCAUGGGCAGCCUGCUGGGCCUGGUGCGGCAGUGUGUGGUGAUGGGGGCCACCCCCGCGGGCCGCCGCCUGCACACGUCCUCCCGGAGGGCUGACAGCAGCAGAGCCUGGCUCACGCGCGUGCACCGGCAGGCCUAUGCACGCCUCUAUCCUGUGCUCCUGGUCAAGCAGGACGGCUCCACCAUCCACAUCCGAUACCGGGAGCCUCGACGGAUGCUGGCGAUGCCUGUGGACUUGGAUGCCCUGUCCCCAGCGGAGAGGCGGGCGAGGUUCCGGAAACAGGAGGCCCAGCUCAGAGAGGAGGAGGAGCAGCCAGAGCUUGCUGAUGACUUUGACGUGGAGCGGUACAAGCGGUUUUGGACCAAAAAGUGACCGUGCCUGCAAGCUGCCCAGGCCUGGGACACUUGGGGGGACGUGUCUUUAAAUCAUGUGUUCAUGAA